UCCAAGUUGUUUCCUUUCUGUGUCGAAAGCGCGACGUCCAGGACAUAUUUAUCUGACACGUUGCCAAUAAACGUGCAUUUUAUCCAUUGAAUAGAGCAGCGUUUGCUUAUGGAAAGUGUGAUCGUGGAGAAAUAUCUGCGAAUAGCAUGCAUGUCUAUCGGGUUUUAUGAGCAAGUCUUUGAUUUCUUCGUCAUGGCCUCGUAGUCGUCGCAAUAUGCUGAUUAUGCUCAGUUAUAUUCUUACACUCCCCGCAGAAUGGCGUUUUUACCAAAGCGAAUCGUCAUUUUUUCAUUUAAGUCUUGCCUGCGUUUUAUUCAUUCUCAUACGCUAUGUCAGUAUCGUGACUAUAGUAGUCAGCAAUUACGGGUUCUUCUCCACUACCUUUACCCAACAAACCUGUCAAAAAUACUAUCUUGUUGCGCCUAUCUUCAAAGUCGUACAAACUAUGAUAUCACAGGUCAUUCUAGGUGUGAGAACAUUCAAUAUUGCAAGAAGAGAUAGGCGGAUAGGAAUUGCAUUAUUGCUGCUAUACCUCUUCUCAAUUUCGGCGGAGUGGUUCGUUGAUCUAUUUCACAGGACCCCUGCCGUCCUUGAUUUAGGAAACUGUACUUCAGUAAAUUCUGCCAGAGUACUGUCAACCUGGUUCUUCUACUUCCCUGUGAUGUUGUAUGACAUCGUGAUGGUGACGGUAUCUACCAUGUAUCUUCUGCGUUAUAAUCCUCUCAGUAGCAGAGUCGAACGGUUGAUACGGGUGUAAGUACCUUGUGACUGACAGAACCGAUGCGCGUCGCUCAUCAUAAUUAGUCUGAUUUAUGACGGCAUUGGAUAUUUUCUCGUGUUGUCCGUG